AUGCCGAUCACUCCGUUGAGUGCUUUGCGAGUUUCGAAACAUCAGAUCCCCGCCUACAAAGGCAUUCCAAACACCUCCAUACAAGGCAAACCACUCAUGAUAUACCACGGCGUCUUUACAGACCCCCAGCCCUCAACCAUCGAAUCUCACCUCAACUCCGUCGGGGUUGUUUCUCCACAAUGGAGAUACACCAUGUUUAGCGAGACUCACUUCCACUCCACAGCCCAUGAAGUUCUCAGCAUUGCUGCAGGGUCUGCAAAGUGCUGCUUUGGAGGUGAAAAGAACGAAGGCCGAGUGGAGCCUGUUUUGGAGCAAGGGGAUGUUGUAGUGGUCCCUGCUGGGGUCGGUCACCGGUUGCUGGAGGAUUAUGGCGGCUUCCAGAUGGUAGGAUCUUAUGAGAAGGGCAAAACAUGGGAUAUGUGCUAUGGGAAGCCCGGCGAGGAGGACCAGGUCAGACGGAUUGGAGGCUUGGGUUGGUUCAAGCGCGAUCCAGUAUAUGGCAACGAAGGCCCCAGUCUGAGUGUAUGA